UAUCACUUCAGCUCGCUAGUUCAUUCAAGCCUUUUGAAGUGUUUGGUGGUGUGUCGAGAGCAUUGUUCAGCAGCACAAGAGGAGACCCGUGCCAUAGUUUUCGCAGCAGCAGCAGAUUCUGCACACAUCCGUGGACUCGAGUGGAGUGAAGUGUGAAGUGUUUCCCGAUCUAGGUAGAACUUAAACCCAUCAGAAUGAAUCGCUUCGUUGCCGUUUGCUUAUUGCUGUCUGCCAGUGCAUAUGCGCAGCAGUUCAAAUGCCCACCCAAGGAUGGCCAGUAUGAAGAUUCCAUUCAGUGCGACAAAUUCUACGAAUGUUACGAUGGACGCGCCACCGAAAGGUUAUGCCCGGAUGGUUUAGUGUUCGAUCCCACAAUCCGAAAAAUCAACAAAUGUGAUCAGCCUUUCAACGUUGACUGCGGAGACCGUGUAGAAUUACAGCAACCAAAGGGCAAUGCGCUAUGCCCACGGAAGAACGGAUUCUUUGCCCAUCCAGACCCAGCUGUCUGCAACGUGUUCUACAACUGUAUCGAGGGCGAGGCUAACGAAAUCACGUGUACUGCUGGACUGCACUUCGAUGAAUACAGCGGAACCUGUGUGUGGCCUAACGAUGCCGGCCGCCAGGGAUGCAAUCCAGGGGCUAAUAAGAAGCUCAAGGACGGAUUCACCUGCCCGAAGGAACAGAAGACCGAUGAAGCUGGUCAGACUGUUGCUCACCCCAAGUUCGCCCAUCCAACCGACUGCCAACGGUUCUACGUUUGCCUGAAUGGCGUGGAACCCCGUGACUUGGGCUGCCAGGUCGGAGAGGUCUACAACGAGGAAACGGAACGAUGCGACGCACCGGAAAAUGUUCCUGGAUGCGAGGACUGGUACAAAGACAGUGAUGAGAAGAAACAUUAGACUGCUGAGUAGAUAGUAGAUCAUCGAGAAUUUUCAUUUUUGAUCAUCCAUAAAACUACAUCAAUCGAUAUAGUUAAGACAAUAAACAAUCGUUUUUACGUAAACAUUCGAAA